AUGAGUAAAGUGGACGCACCAUGCCGUCCCAGCGCCUCUCUCAAGUUUACCAUUGACAACAUCCUCAACCUGAAAACAAGCGGGCGCGCCAGUGACAGCUGUCACCCCGACAGAGAUCACGAUGUCUCGUCCACUGCGACGUGUAAAGGCCGCAUCCCGCAGAGCCGCUUGGAGGAGCCCGGAGCCCAGCACAGACGCAAAUCAGACGAAAGUGACUUUACGCAAGAGAAUGGCCGGGCGAGCGUUUCGGCCAUGGAUGACACUCGGUCCGCGGAGGCGCGCUUCGAAAGCGGGGACAGCAGCUGCGACGACUGUAGCUCUACCACCACCACGACCGCGGAGCCUCUCAAAGCGGACAGUCCCGCCAAGAAGAGUAAAUUGAUUACGAAAAAGAAAACGCGCACCAUUUUUUCCAAGAGACAGAUCUUCCAGUUGGAGUCUACGUUCGACAUGAAGCGUUAUCUGAGCAGCGCAGAGCGCGCCUGUCUCGCCAGCUCCCUGCAGCUGACCGAAACCCAGGUGAAAAUAUGGUUUCAGAACCGCAGGAAUAAGUUGAAACGGCAAAUCUCCAGUGAAAUCGACGGACCGGUAAGCGACUUCCCAGAGACGGUGAAGCCCGUGGUGGUGAGUCAGCUCCCGGCCUUGUACAAGGAGAGCAGCCUGCUGGGGAGAUGCCUGAUGCCCAUGCCGUUGCCCGUCGUGUACCCGGGUACGAACACGCCUUACCUCUGUUUCUCGAACACCAGCAAGUACUUCAGCCUCUAUGACGGGGACGUAUGA